GCUAGCCGCGGCGACGCUCGUAUCCAAGCUGUCGCGUGUAACUUGUCGCGUGUGCCGUGCGCGUGUGCAACGUGUGAACGCGUGUGCCGCGUGCCCAGCCUGCUCUUUUGCCCGUGCACAACAGCCGCCAAGAUUCGGGUGAAGAACCGCGAUCCGGUGCCGGCGUACGCCAUGGCCGACGCCGACCGCGAUUCCGACCUUGGCGAUGACAGCCCUGUGUCGGCACGGUCAGAAGGUGAAUCGUCGGGGGAGCAGUCGUGUGAGAGUUCUGACGAGGGUGUGGGGCGGGAUGCACCAGCUCAUCAGCCCCAUCAACCCCAUCAGCCCCACCAGCCGCACCAACUGCACCAACCUCACCAGAUGCACCAGAUGAACCAGAUAAACCACAGCAUGAACCACGCCAUCAAUCACCAGCCGAUCAACAACCAAAUCAAUCAACAUCAAAGGAAUUCGCCGCGACCUCUUGAAAGGGAACUUAAGGUCCGAGAUGACUUUGAAUCUCUGAAGACAUCUCUCCACCCGCACCUAUCAUCGCUGGCGUCGUUGGCGCAGGGGGCGCCAUUAUCAGCGCCGAGUAGCGUGUUCGCGCUGGCAGGCGGGGGCGCGACGGGUGGCUUUCCUUACGCGCCCCCCGCCUUCCUCGCUCCCGCGCCACCGCCCCCCGCGCAACCCGCAGGUUCAGCCUCUUCCUCAUCGUCCGAAGGCAGCGCCGCCGGAUGGAGCUUUGAAGAGCAAUACAAGCAAGUCCGUCAAUUAUACGAGAUCAGUGACGAUCCUCAACGCAAGGAGUUUCUGGACGAUCUGUUCUCAUUCAUGCAGAAGCGCGGCACUCCUAUAAACCGGCUGCCGAUAAUGGCGAAGUCUGUGCUGGAUCUAUACGAGCUGUACAACCUGGUGAUAGCGCGCGGCGGUCUCGUCGAAGUAAUCAACAAGAAGCUUUGGCAGGAGAUCAUCAAGGGUCUGCGACUGCCGUCCUCUAUCACCUCCGCAGCAUUCACAUUGCGUACACAAUACAUGAAGUAUUUAUACGACUACGAGUGUGAGAAGAAGAAUCUGUCGACGCGCAGCGAGUUGGAUGCGGCCAUCGAAGGCAACAAACGCGAAGGUCGGCGUGCCUCGGGACAGUACGACGCGCAGGCGGCACUCGCCAUGCCGUCGCUGAACCGCGGCGUGUCGCUGUCGAUGCCGCUGACGCAGCCGCUGGCUCUGCCGCUGGGCGCGGUGCCGCGGCUGCCGAUGCACGCGCCGCAUCUACACGCGCACGACAUCGAGUACCGCGUGCGCGAGUACAUGAAGAUGAUACAACAGCAGCGGGACCUCAUCAGAAAUGGGUCGGAGUCGCCUCCUGGCAAUGGUGGUACAAUGAUGUCGCCGCGAGAGGCCGCGUUGAGCGCCAUCGACGUCUCGCGUCUCACACUCUGGUCGCUCUACAACAACAAUAACAACAACAGCCCGCAGCCCGACCUCGAGCCGCAGCGUGAGGCGUUGAAUUUAAGCGAAAGUCCGAACUCGACGGCGAGCGGCGGCAAGCGAGAGGCGUGCCGCUCCCCGCCCCCGCCCGCCAAGCGCCGCACGCCGCGUCCGCCAUCGCCCCGCGACACCUCGCCGCGACACCCGCACGUCACACACGCCGCACACGCAGCGCACGUCGCGCAUCCCGCACACCCCGCACACGGCAGCCACGGCGCGCACGCGCACACGCCGCAGCUCAACGGCAACGCCAACGGACUCAACAAUGGCGUCAACGGUGCCGCAUUCAAGAUCACAACCAGAGGUGAUGCAAACACAGGAGACCAGCAACUGGUGGUGUCAAUAGAGCUGAAUGGAGUGACGUAUGAAGGAGUUCUCUUCCCCUCGCAGAGCAACGGCCAGGGCGCCCACAGGCAAAUGGUCUCUUAAAUAAAAACUUUUUACUUAAAAUUCAGGUCACGAAAUACUGGCUGAUUGGCCACGAAAGUGUUGAAGUAACACAAUGUUGUUUUAAAUAAAAAUAACAAG